AUGGCUACAAGAGAUUUACCAAAAUCAUUCAACCAAUUUUGUUUUGGUUGGAUCGAUCAAAUUCGUGAUGAAAUGACAUUAGGUAAAACACAAGAUGAAUUAAUUGAAAAAGAUUUAGCUGUUAAAAUUAAUGAUAAUAAAUUAGAUUAUUCAUCAUCAGAAGAUGAAGAUUCAAUAGAAACAAAAGUUAAAUUUAAUAAUUUAUGGCCUGCUUUUGCUUCUGGUGCAGGAUUAUUUUCUGAUGGUUAUGUAAAUGCAGGUAUUGGUAAUGUUAUUUCAAGUUUAAAAAUCAUUUAUGGUAAAGAAUUCACUCAAAGUAAUGCUAUGUCAAAUAUUGGUUCUAUUGCUUUUGUUGGUACUGUCAUUGGACAAUUAAGUUUUGGUGUUAUUAGUGAUCAUAUGAGUAGACAUAGUGGGAUGAUGAUUGCUAAUGUUAUGUUGAUCGUUUUUACUUUGUUAUGUGCUGUUGGAUCAUGGGGUAAAACUACUCAAGGAUUCUUUCAAUGUUUAACUGUUUGGAGAUUUUUUUUAGGUAUUGCAAUUGGAUCAGAAUAUCCAACAAGUUCAGUUAUUGCUUCUGAAUUUGCUAAUCAAUUACCAUCAGGUCAUAGAAAUAGAUAUUUUGCUUGGUUUACAAAUAUGAUGAUUGAUUUAGGUUUCGUAGUUGCAAGUUUUGUUCCAUUAGUAUUGUUAUGGAUUUUCAGUACAAGACAUUUAAGAGCAGUUUGGAGAUUAAGUAUUGGAUUAGGAGUAGUACCACAAAUUAUUUUGUUUUUAGUUAGAUUAAAAUUAAAAGAUUCAAAAAGUUUUACAAAAUUACAUAUGAAAAAAGUUAAUUAUAAGGAUUAUCCACUUUGGUUAAUUGUAAAAUUUUAUUGGUUUAGAUUAUCAGUUAUAUCUUUGAUCUGGUUCAUUUAUGAUUUUUCAGUUUAUUCAUUUGGUACUUUUAAUACUAUUAUAAUUGGGGAAAUUAUUCCAAAUGGAUCAUUAUAUCAACAAUGGGGUUGGUCAGUUGUUUUCAACUUAUUUUAUAUGCCUGGUGCUUUCGUUGGUGCUUUUGUUGGAGAUUAUUUAGGUCCAAGAUUAACUUUAGCUCUUGGAGUUGGUAUUCAAGGUAUUAUUGGUUUUGCAAUGUCAGCAAAACUUGACGACUUAAAGAAACAUGUUGCUGGAUUCGUUGUUGUUUUUGGAAUUUUCUCAACUUUUGGUGAAUUUGGACCAGGUAAUAAUACUGGAUUAUUAGCUUCAAAAACUUGUGCUACUCCUAUCAGAGGUCAAUAUUAUGGUAUUGCAGCCGCUAUUGGUAAAAUUGGUGCUUUUGUUGGUACUUGGGUAUUUCCAGCUAUUCAAAAACAUUAUGCUUAUUCUGAUAAAUUAGCUUUACAAGUACCAUUUUAUGUUAGUUCAGCAUUAUGUUUAUUUUCUGCUUUAUUAGCUAUAUUUUUUGUACCACCAGUUGGACAAGAUUCUAUAAAUAAAGAAGAUAAAUUAUUUUUAGAAUAUUUAACUGAAAAUGGAUUUGAUAUUAGAAAAUUAGGUGAUUAUGGUACUGUUGAUCUUUCAAAUAGUCCUAUUGAAACUAGUGAUGAUGUUGUUUAUGAUACUAAAAAUGAAGACGUUCAUAUUCAACAAAAAGAUCUUUAG